GUGGCGCUGUGCGGUUCCGCCGCUGCCACGGCAACCGCAACGCCCGGCGGUGGCAGCAGCUCCUCGUCCCCGGCCGGGAGCAGCGGCGCCGGCGUGUCCCAGGGGAGCAGGGAAUGCUGGUGAGGACGUUCCCCACUGCCUCGCGUGGAGUUCGGUAUUACUCUAACACAUCAUCAAAAUGAGUGAAAAGGAAGCUCAAGGAGAUGUGGGUGAUUCAACAGAAAAUACAGAAUAUGAGGAUGAUUUUGAAAAAGACCUAACUGAUGAAGAAGAAAAACAAAACCCUGGUGAAAAAGAGAAUCCUGAAGAAAAGGAAGAGGAUGUUGAAGCAAAAACUCGUAAAACAUCAGACAGCUUUCAGGAAGACAGUGAAGAAAUGAAAGAAAACCUAGAUCAGCUUUCAGAGGAAGAUGUAAAUGUGAAAGUAUUAUACUCUAAUGAAAAGUAUUUGCAAUCUGGGGCAGAUAGUGAACAGGAUGACCAUGAAUCUGAUGCUGAGAGAGAAAGCUCUAUCCAGGAAUCCAAGCUGGAAAAUGAGCAGGAACUGGAUGAGGGAGAGGAUGAAGAAAUAAAGCGUUACGUCUUGGAAAAGAUUGAAGAAGCCAACAAAGAGCUGGAAAAUCAGGCUCCUGUGCAUGGAAAAAGAGAACGGAAGUUAAAAUUUGUGGAUGAGGUGGAUCUUCAUCCAAAUGGUGCUGAAGUUGGUAACACUGACCUUGUAAGAGGAGACGUUUCAGAUGGGCUGUCUCAGCUGAAUAUUUCUGACAGGGGACAGAAACACACAUCACUUUCAGAACGUGCUGGCUCAGGUGAGGAGAAGAAAAAUGGUAAAGUUCUAAUCGAAAUAGAUAGAAAGUUUGAACUCUUAAGUUUAUGUGAUAUUGAAAGCCAGGGCAUUUUGGCCCCAAUAAGUGUUUAUUUUACAGAUAUUGAAAUCCAACAGACUUCAGAACCCACUGACACUCAAGGGAAAGAAAUGCCUCCAUCUGACUCUAACCAGCAGCCAGAUUCUGCUUUGAAUGGUGCAAAAAGUCUGGGAAAACAGAAGACUGAGUCUGCAAACAUACCUGCGAAAAGCUCCACUUACACUCUUACUCCCAGACAAAAAGAAUUAAGGAAGCAGAUAGAACUGAAGAAAGAAACACUGAAGAGACGGGAAGAAGAAAAGAACAAGGAACUAGAAGAAAUGAGGAAAAGACAGAACGAAAUAGUUUUUAAAGCAUGGUUACAAAAGAAGAAAGAACAGGUUCAACAAGAAAAGCGAAUUCGUCGUGCAAAGAGGCUGGAAGAGCUGAGGCUCAAAGAGGUGCACAGGGAUCCAGAAGAAGCCUACAGUUUAUGGCUUAAAAAAAAGCACCAGCAAUAUGUGAGAGAAAGACGGAUAGAAGUCUUGAGACGCCAAACUGAAGAAGUGGCCUUUUAUCCAAGCCCAGAGGAUUGUGACAGAGCUUUUAGAGAAUGGCUGAGAAGGAAGAGAGAAGAGAAAGAAGCAGCAGAACUAGCUGCUAAAGAGAGAGCCAGGCAGCUUAGAUUAGAAGCCAGAAGAGCUAAACAAAUGCGGAACAUCCACUAUAUUUAAUUCAGAGCCCAAAUUCUUUUGUUUCUCAGAUCAUUACAGUUGAAAAUUUGAUGUAGCCACAGAGUUCUUGGUGACAGUCUUCUUAAUUUUUAUGGCUUGAGUUUUUGUCCUUUACAGCUACUGACUUUUUGUGGUGUUUUUAAAGCUUUCAAGCAAGUUUUAACAAUUACCUUCAGUGACAAUGAUUUUAUUAUCUAUUUAUUUGUAAUUUAGUCAAAAAGCCUGCUUUAAUGCAUAACUCAGGGAUCUUCUUGGUUUAACCAAAUCAAAAUGAGUGCAAGAUGUAUAAAUGAGGGUGGCAAAUACACAUUCCUUUCUUUAAAAGGCACUUUAUACUCAUUAUGGAUUCCUGGAUGCAGGCUACUGUGUAAAAUGUUAAAUUUUUGGUGGAUUAAUAUUGCUGUUUGAUACUGCUAGUGAUUGACUGUGCAAGGUGUUAUAUUGUUGGAAAAUGAUGUUUCUUGUACCACUUCCUAUUGAUCCAUUGACCAGCUCUAGACCAGAGGACUGUGUUCUUUUAGGUUUCUGGAAAGUGGUGAUUGAAGACUAAUGUGUAGGUGAUCAUGCAACAGGUUUUGAAACUUACUUCUGUGAGUCAUAUUCAGUAGCUCUCUAUUCCAUGGAAUUAAAAGCUUGUUCCAAUUAUGACCUUUUUCCAGUAGUAAGGAAGCUAGGAUCCUUAUAUAAAUGUUAAUGUUUAUUAUAAUAAAUCUACCAAAGUACAUGGCCUUACCCAGCUAAAUUGUGAACUCUUGAUAGAGAUCAUGCCAAAAUCACUCAUGAAAUCAUAAAGUUAGUGAACAAAGAAGAGCAUUCUGUCCAGCUGUAAGCCCCAAUGGAUGUCAUGAUCCUGGCAUUGCUUUGAAAUUUUUCAGCAUUCACAGUGUUUUCUGGGAGCACUGCAGUAGACAGCAGUGUAGUAGAUGCAUAGCUGAUUUGCUGGUAGUAUUUUUGUCGGUUAUUUCUGGGGCUAGUUACAGGCAUAUUGAGAGCAUUGGUGUUGGACUGGAGGCUGCUCUGUUGCAGCUUUUGCCAGCAUAGAGAGCAAGCAUGGACACAAAAUGAAAAUUUCACAUGCUCAUGGGACAUGUAAGUAACAGGUGCCUUCCUCCUCCCAGUACCUUUCUCUGACACCAAAGGCACAAAGAGCUUUCUGUGUCUAGCAAGCAAAUUCAGGAGGAAUGUUUGCAAAGGUUCACACACACCAUCUCCCUCAUUGUACAAAACUACAAAAGAGAUGCUUCUCAGUGCCUCACACCAGCAGAGUGAAGAGUUUUGCAAUUCAAUGUCAUUUAGUUCCCUUUAUGCUACAGAGAAAUCAGGGUCAGAAAUGUGAUUUCAUUAAAUCCAGAAUUACAGCUUGAAA